UUGAAGAUGACUACUUCUCUUCAGUUUACUUCAGAUCAUCAGUACCCAAUAAACCUAAGUAUUUCUCAAGAAGAUCAUCAACAAACAAAGGCUAGUGCUGAAACAAUGAACCAACAGAUCACUGGACGUAGUAGAAGGUCCAAAGGAGGAGCAAACAAAUCAUUAACACAGAAGAAGAAACAAUCCCAAAGAGGUAUGGGUGUGGAAAAACUUGAACGGCUCAGAUUACAAGAGCUAAUUUCUUCAAAAACAAGUCCACUUGAUCAGUUUCCUAAAUUAUAUGGUGGUGUUAACCAAGUCAUGGCCCCUGAUUUCUUGCUUCAUCAAAGGGUUGCAAAUAGUACUGUGCCGUAUGGAUCUAGCACUUAUGGAUCAGCUCCUAUGGCAUUUGGAGAUCAGUUGAUCAUUUCUGGGCAUGAUCAGUUUCAAACUCAAAUGGGUCUAAACGGAUUUGCAACUAAUUCUAAAGAGCUUAUUACCCCUACUGAGAAAUCGAAAGAGCUUUCUUCACUGCCAAAUUUAAUGAGUAUCAAGUCAUCUUGUUUCUCCCAUCGCUGCAGUUCAUGCAACAAAAAGAAGCGCAUGAUUAAUGGAGAUGAUAUGGGACGUUCUAACAUAGAGGCUGGCAUUAUUCAUAUGGAGAACGUGAUUGGAGAAAAUCAAUAUUUUGGAACGAAGCCUUUGCUUCACCCAUUCUCUAUACCUAGUCAUCUUGAAAAGGGGGUAGAGAUAGUGGCAAUCCACAGAAAGGGAAAUUCAUCAUCACCAUUAUCAGAAGGAGGACUUGUAAUGGAGUAUGAAUUCUUUCCUACAGAGAAAAGUGGCAGAUCAAACACUAUAAGUUGUUUCGAAAAUGAUAUGAUGAUGAAGAAAAUGAUGACUACUUCAUCAGAAUCUUCUUCAGUUGCAGCAGCAGCAACAGUGGGUAAUGGAGAAGCUUCUUGUGUUACUACAAUAUCUUGGGUUGAUACUGCUACUACAACUACACCCACCAGUUCUAUUGAUCUAUCACUCAAGCUUUCUUUCUAGGUCUUUUUUAAUUUACAGAUUAUAUUAAA